AGACUGACCCUGACCAGGGGAGGAGCGAAGAGGGACCAGCAGAUGUCGGUCAACCGUCCCAACCUUCUCGGACCAUAGCAACGCUUUACGACAGUUCUCCGCUCCAUUUACGGCACAAACACAUGCACGCCUGCUUGAGCGACGAAAACAUGAGAGGUCAAAAGUUAUGAUCCUGAUCUUCAGCAGAAACGGAACGUAACACAGACAUGGCCAGUUCCAUGGUGGCAGUGGGACUGGCUCUGGCAGCAGCUGGAUUUGCAGGUCGCUAUGCCAUGCAGGCCAUGAGGCAGAUGGAGCCUCAGAUGAAAGUGGCCCUUCAGAGUUUCCCCAAGACGGCUUUUGGAGGAGGGUACUAUCGAGGAGGAUUUGAUCCUAAGAUGACAAAGAGAGAAGCUUGUCUGGUUUUGGGUGUCAGUCCCACAGCUAACCCAAAUAAGAUCAGAGAGGCACAUAGAAGACUGAUGAUCCUGAACCAUCCAGAUAGAGGUGGAUCUCCCUAUAUAGCAGCGAAGAUAAAUGAAGCGAAGGAUUUAAUGGACGCCCAGACAAAGAAAUAGAACAUGCCGGCUUGUCCAUGCUGUUGCACUGACGGACUUAAGCGAUUACCAGACUUUUGUAACUGAUUCUCAAAUAAAAUCACACUGUAUAUAAAUUGGUAA